AGUGUUUGGUUUCCGCGCCGCGCCGCGCCGAGCAGAGCAGUACAGAUAUGGCAGCACCCACCAGCGACAGUAAGCCGGAGGAGCCGCAGACAGAUGGAGGGACGGAGGCGGAUAGGUCCAUGUCGAGGUCAGACAGUGGAAGUGGAGAUGAUUCCUUGGACAGCCUCUCAAACCAUGUCCCUCGCUGUCCUUUGACCCCUUCGCUAUCACCACGAAAACGGACCACAAGCCAGUCUAAGACGGAGCCUCCUCUGCUAAGGACCAGUAAAAGGACUAUCUACACUGCAGGCAGACCACCUUGGUAUAAUGUCACCGGGACCACCUUCAAAGAAGCCUUCGUCAUAGGUCUGUGUGGAGGAAGUGCCUCUGGGAAAACCACAGUAGCCAAUAAGAUAAUUGAGGCACUGGAUGUCCCCUGGGUGGUUCUGCUUUCAAUGGACUCUUUCUACAAGGUGUUAAAUAAAGAAGAGCAGGAGUUGGCCGCUAAAAACGAAUACAACUUCGAUCACCCCGAUGCCUUCGACUUUGAGCUGCUGGUCAAUGUGCUCAGAAAGCUGAAGAAGGGAAAAAGCAUCAAAGUGCCAGUUUAUGACUUCACCACUCACUCCAGGCGCAAAGAAUGGAAAACUGUGUACGGUGCUAAUGUUGUCAUUUUUGAGGGCAUCCUGGCCUUUGCCAACAAGGAGCUGCUUAAGCUUCUGGACAUGAAGGUGUUUGUAGAUACAGAUUCAGACAUCCGUCUCAUACGGAGGCUGAAGAGGGACAUUUCACAACGGGGGCGAGACAUCAGCGGCAUCAUCAAACAGUACAAUAAAUUUGUAAAGCCAGCCUUCGAGCAGUAUAUUGAGCCCACUGUGCAGGUUGCUGAUAUUGUGGUUCCCAGAGGUGGAGAAAACUUUGUAGCCUUGGAUUUGAUCGUUCAGCACGUGCACAGUCAGCUGGAGAAGAGGAAGCUCCGCUGGGAUAUAUCUGCGCUGGCCUCAGCUCAUCAGGGUCAGCCUUUACCCAAAACCCUCAGCGUGAUGGAGAGCACGCCACAGGUCCGUGGCAUGCACACCAUCAUCAGGAACAGGGAGACUAACCGAGACGAGUUUAUCUUCUACUCCAAGAGAUUAAUGAGGCUCCUCAUAGAACAUGCCCUCUCCUUCCUGCCUCUCAAGUCGGUGUCUGUGGAAACACCUCAGGGUGAAAUCUAUGAGGGGAAGAGGCUGUGCGGUAACAGAAUAACGGGCGUUUCUAUCCUGAGGGCGGGAGAGACCAUGGAGCAGGCUCUGAUGGCUGUGUGUAAAGACAUCAGACUUGGAAAGAUCCUCAUUCAGACCAACCACGACACAGGAGAACCAGAGCUUCAUUACCUUCGUCUGCCCAAAGACAUCAGUGAAGACUACGUCAUCCUCAUGGACAGCACGGUGUCCACCGGUGCUGCUGCUCUCAUGGCUGUCAGAGUUCUGCUGGACCAUGAUGUAGCUGAGGAUAAGAUCUUCCUGUUGUCCCUGCUGAUGGCUGAGAUGGGGGUCCAUUCGGUGGCCUACGCCUUCCCUAAAGUCCGCAUCAUCACCACCGCUGUAGACAAAGAGGUCAACGACCAGUUCCACAUCAUACCAGGCAUCGGUAAUUUUGGAGAUCGUUACUUCGGCACCGAUGCUCCAUCAGACUGGUGUGAAAGCGACGAGGGGAUGGAGUUCUGAGGAGAGGGGAGCCAUCACGGAGGUCCAGGGUUGUUACAAAAGCACUUAGACGUUUAAAGAAGACAGCUGUGAUCUGAUUGGCUCCAUCGAUGUCCACCUGCGCAGUCAGGUGCUGCUGUACAAACUGCUUCCCAUUCACAACGAGCUAUACUCCAAGGUCAGUUAUUAAUGAAGUCAGUGAGGAGCCAGAGUUGAAAGUGUUAGCCGCCCUGCAGGAUGUGGAAUGUUUCCAGAAGAUGAUUUACUAAUAAGUUUUAAUUUAAAAAAGGGGAAACAUUAAGCUACCUGCUGACAGAGAUGACUUAAUUCUGGUAUUAAAAAUGUUGCCAGUGAUGUGUUUUUGUCGCUGAAGCUGCAGCCUGUGAACCUUCAGAGGUGAUGUUUAAGUUUAGAUGAUGUUUACUGGAAGAGCCGGCCUUUAUAAGCUGCUUAAUAAAAAUAAAAUGACUAAUUAACCGAUUUAAACCCAGCUGGGAAGUUAGCUGGGAAGAUCGGACUAGAGCGAUGCUCAGUUAUGAAUAUUAUUAGCUGUAAAAGCAGUUUAUGAAAAAAAUUUCAUGGUGCUGGGGCACUCGGUAAUAAUGUAACCAUUUGCUUUGCACAAAUACAUGUAAAGAUGUUAGCGUGAUGUUUUUCUCGUAGCUUAAAGCUUUUGUAAGAAUCAUUACUCCAGCUUUGCCGUGCAGCUGAAGCUGCAGCUCUCUGUACUGUAAAACAUUUUUAUCUCAGGCGACUUCCACCGAAAAGGGACAGCAACGACUCAUACUUGAAGACCACGCGAGUGAAAAGGUCAGUUUUAGAUAGCCUUUGAGUUCAUGCCACCAGGUUCCCACAGCAAUAAGAGAGCCAGGAUAUCCCAGUUUUCUUGUUGAAGUCAUUGAAACUUUAAGCUUUUAAUUAUUUCUGCCGAGCUCGAGUUGCUAUUUGAAUCAACAUAUAACCGAGGAACGCUUUGCACUGUAUUUCCUGUCAGCUGUUGACCUGAAGCCUCUGUAACUGUGUGAGAUUUUAUCGCUUCUCAUCAACAGAAAAUAUCUCGCAGACCAAAUUACAGCAGGCGUCUUUGCUGCUAUAGUGUUUGAUUUAAAACAGCCGCAGUCAACAGGAGGGGUUCCCAGGUUCGAUCUGUUAUUGGCUUUAAGUCUUAGUAACAUUUCACAUGUAAAAUGGCACAUAUGCCAUAUAUUUUUUUUUUUGUGUAUGUUUCUUAAAUUUAUUUAUUGUAUUGUUUGCAGGGUUCGUCACACAUUCAACACAUUACAGUUUUCAUGUUAUUUGUCUUCAGUUCUGUGAUCUUAUCCAGUGCAUAUCACUUUAUUUAAUGGACAGUUUGACUUGUAAAACAUAGAACUUAAAAGCAUUAAAAAAAAAAAAAGCUCACCUGUGCACCUGCUUCCUAUAAGGCCUCAUUUACACCUCGCAGUGCAGCUGAUUUUGGUGCCAACAUUUUAAAUGUUUUAAGCAAGCCGAGCAAAUAAAAGGCGGCGAGUCAAAUCCUGCAUCUUCAAAGCCACAUGCUCCACUGUUCCUGUCCCCGUGCCUUGCUUAAUAUAAUGUGGCAGUUUGAUACCUGCUGUGGCCACUCCCCCCUCAUGCUGAGGUGAAGUGAGAGAAAAGUAGGUGGUACCAAAACCGAGUGAAGUUUGAGUUGAUGAGGCUUCAGUGUUGCACAUGCAUUGCCACAAAUCAAACGUCCGCUGCGAGAAAUACCCUAAAGCCGGGGUGUCAAACAUGAGUUCACAGCCCACAUACAGCUCUGUUUAAUCUCAAGUGGGCCACGCCAGGAAGAUGAUGUCUGCGUCGACUUCUUUAGGCUGCUCCGUUUAGGAGUCGCCACAGCGAAACAUCUGCCUCCUUACUUCUAGUUUUCACACAAGUUAAAGUGAGACAAAUUGGACUGAUUUCUGGUCCCCGGGCUGCAUGUUUGACACCCUGUGCUCUGUAAUAACUGUUGGAUUCAUUCUGACUUCAUGCAAAUUUCUGUGUCAAUAAAAAAGGUCACAUUAGAGCAAAUUACAGCGGGUUACUUGAAAAACAUUUUCUGUGGAAGGUGUUAACCUCCUUUUAGUAAUUUACAUUAAACAUGAAAGCUGGAGAACCUUAAGUAACAAAAUUAUGAUGGUAAGCCAUUCCAUUUAUUUAUUUUUUUUACCAGUCACACCUGUUUGUAGCCAGUGUCUCCAAUGUAAUAAUUUUUUUUCUCCUUAUUGUAAGUGCCACUUCACUUGAACAAAAUAAA